UCCUGUACAUUUUAUCUCUCCAAGAAUUAAGUGCUUAAGCACCUAAUUUAUGAUACCACCUUAAUUUAUCAGGCAGGCAAGCCCUUAGUUGAAUACGAUUUGAAGGGAAAAUUCGGAUUCUGCGACGCAACAACAUAAACGCUACCGGUUGGAAGAAGAAGCAGGCACUUCCCAAUCAAAUCAGAAGCCAAAAGACCUCCGGUUCUCGAUUUCUUCAUCAGCUCCUCCUCCUCUCUGCUCUGCUGACGAGACACAGCUGACAGGCGGGGAGAAUCGAAGCAUCAUGGGGCGACCUCCCGGUAAUGGUGGCCCCGCCUUCCGAUUCACUGCCCAGGAGGUCGUUGAGAUGGAAGCUAUUUUGCAAGAGCAUAACAACACAAUGCCGGCACGUGAGAUCCUUGUUGCUCUAGCAGAAAAAUUCAGUAACUCGCCAGAGAGAAAAGGAAGAAUGCUGGUGCAGAUGAAGCAAGUGUGGAAUUGGUUCCAAAACAAGCGCUAUUCCAUUAGGGCAAAGUCGACAAAGCCCCCUGGAAAGUUGACUAUUUCUCCAACUUUUCGGGAUGACUCAAAUCCUAUGAGGAAUAUGCCUCAACCUAUGGCUGCUUCUGUUGCUGCAUCAAUUGCUGCUCCCACAGUUACAAGUGUCGGAUGUGCUCCUUCAGAUACUUCUAUACUGGAGUUUGAAGCUAAGUCUUCACGUGACGGUGCAUGGUAUGAUGUUGCAACCUUUUUGACCCAUAGACACUUGGAGACUGGUAACCCGGAAGUACUAGUCCGAUUUUCUGGCUUUGGAGUGGAUGAGGAUGAGUGGAUUAAUAUCCGUCAGCACGUUAGACAGCGGUCUCUCCCUUGUGAAGCUUCGGAAUGUGUCGCUGUCCUUCCUGGAGAUGUCAUACUCUGUUUUCAGGAAGGUAAAGAGCAGGCUCUGUAUUUUGAUGCCCAGGUCCUCGACGCACAAAGAAGAAGGCACGAUGCGAGAGGUUGUAGGUGCCGAUUUUUGGUGCGAUACCUUCAUGAUGAUUCUGAGGAGAUCGUGCCCCUGAGAAAAGUUUGCCGCCGGCCCGAGACUGACUACAGGCUCCAACAGCUCCAUGCUGCAACUGCAAAGGACUUAGCAGCACAACAACAUCUGCAGAAAGCCAGUGGAGAAUCUCUGACUGGUAACCCUCAAGUUCAGCAGUCUAUGGUCCCAGAAACAAUGCCGAAGCAUCAGAUAAGCCUCUCGACUGUGCCUCCAGUAGCCCCGGCUCCCCAACAUGUGAACAUCGCUUUCUCGACAGGACCAGCAAAUUCCACCUCGAAUUUGGGGGGAAGCGCCCCAGUUAGUGGUGCUGCGAGUGGCGGCUGGGGCGAGAAAGCCCAACAAGGAGUAGAAUAGCUGAAGGCUUUGCCGGGGGAGGUUGUUCUGACGUUAAAGUGGUCUGAUGAGCUUGACUGAUGAUCUUCAGAUAUUUGGAUUCUUUGAUAGCUAUAUACCUUCUGCGAUCACUAACUUGUUAGUUAGAAUUCAUCCAAAAAGAGAAAACUCGUUGGUUAGGAAUUUAUGAUUGUUGAGCAAAUGGAAUCGCUGCUCGUUAGAUGUACAAAGAACUCAAGACCAAAUUGGCAGAUUCCAGUGACAUUUGAACUCUCUCUUGUUAA